GUUUAGUCUAGACGCAACGAGCCACAAGUGUUUGGUGCAGCCCAAUCACGCGUGUCACGUUGGACCACGUUCCCUAGCCCACGUUUUGUCUCGUUCCAUCCCACGUUCAUUCUUCAUCUCCGUUCUCGCGAUUGUUGAGACGAAUAUCGUACACAUCUUCUUAGUAGAGCUCCCACCUCGCGACCUCCACUGUAAAUCUGCUGCUACGAUCAACUACCAAGACGGGAUUCGCCACGAGCUGAACUCAAAUAAGGAUAUGGAUAUCCAUUCCGAUGUAAAUGAGCAGUUCAUUUUGGAAGAACUAGCGGCAAUUAUGGGGGUGGCAAUUGUUGCGGCCGGUGAGGCAAUGUAUGAUAUUCAACGUACACCUUGUUGGACAUCAUGGUACACAGGACAUAUGUACGUGACGGACUUGCUACGAGGUAAUAGGAACAAAUGUUUGGCAGUGUUGAGGAUGGACGGGCGGGUGUUCAGGGACUUAUGCAAUGAUUUGAGCACGAGGUAUGGCCUCGAACCAUCCCGUGAACUAAGUGUGAAAGAGAUAGUGGGAAUGUUUGUUUACACCGUAGGAAAUGGUGUCGGCAAUCGGACUGUGCAGGAUAGAUUCCAGCAUUCUGGAGAAACAGUCCAUCGCCAGUUUCAUAAUGUAUUGAGCAGUUUGAUUCAGAUGUCAGACGAUAUUAUCUGACCAAAGGAUCCAACAUAUUCGACAGUCCCGAAGUACAUAGAAGAAGACGACAGAUAUUUUCCAUACUUUAGGGAUUACAUCGGGGUAAUUGAUGGUACGCACAUUCAUCAUCAAUCCCUCAUGAUGAUCGGACAAGAUUCAUUGGGCGCAAAGGCGUGACCACGCAGAAUGUGAUGGCAGCAUGUGACUUUGAUAUGUUAUUCACGUAUGUGUGUGCAGGUUGGGAGGGAUCGGCUCAUGAUUCUCGAAUUUUUAGUACGGUUCUAUCUAAUGCAAACUCAAAGUUUCCCCACCCUCCCCCUGGUAAGGCAUAUGAACAUAUUCAUUUUAAACUAGUAUUUUAAUUCAAAAUUCGUUAGUAAGUAACAUUAAUUGUCCAAUAUAUUACUGGAAAAUAUUACUUGGUUGAUUCAGGAUAUGCGAAUCAAAGUGGAUAUCUAGCACCA